GUUUUCAUUGAUAACACGAUUGAAGCCAUAAGUGAGCCAUAGUUUGCAAAUCAAUUCAAUUGAAAGUCAUAUAAAAUGAACGAUAAUUGCAAUGAAAGCGAAAUAAUUGAUGAAAAUUAUGUCAAUUUAAUGAAUCAAGUGAUCAAUUAUUCACUCAAUUUGCACAACAAAGACACGAACUCUUCGUUCCCACGACUGGUCGACUCGAGCGGUGAUCCACUGGUUCUUCAGCCCUCACUCUUCCCUAUGGUUUGGCCGACCGUUUACUUUGCUCUCGAAGACGAGUCCAUCUCUUUGGUGCCAAACAAACUCAAACCUUAUCUCAAAUGGAAGUUGUCUUCAAUCACAGCCAAUACCAUGAGGACAGUGGUCACCAAAUCUGGAUUUCGUCUCUUAAGAGACAAGAAUCAAAAGGUUUACAAGAAUUGGAGCGCUAUUUGGUGUAAACACAUGAAGAGUGUGGACUUCAAGACAAUCAAAGACUACCAGAAAGUGAAUCACUUUCCCGGAAGCUUUCAUUUUGGCCGCAAAGACAAGUUAUGGCAGAACUUGCGGUCAAUGGCAGUGAAACACGGCUUCGAGGUGUUCGCCCACUUCCAUCCGCCCACUUUUGUAUUACCGCACGACUGGACUCAACUCAAGAAGUAUUGGAUCAACUCUGCCGAAGAACUGGUGUUUAUUCUGAAGCCUCCGGCCUCUGCGAGAGGUGAGGGCAUUAAAAUCAUUAAGAAAUUUAGUGAAAUACCAAAGCCUUCUGCGAGAGCCAAACACAAACACAACGCAAAGUCACAAUACGUGGUCCAGAAGUAUAUCACAAAUCCGUGUCUUCUCUACAAUGAGACAAAGUUUGAUCUAAGAGUGUAUGUGUUGAUCACGUCAAUAGUUCCGCUGCGAGUGUAUGUCUACGACGACGGACUCGUGAGGUUUGCUUCGCAUAAAUACUCGAAUGACAUCCAAAACAAUAGCGACAAUCAAUUCAUGCAUUUAACUAAUUAUAGUGUGAAUAAAAAUAACUUAAAUUAUGUGCUCAACCACGACAUCAACGGCCAAACGGGCAACAAAUGGACUCUCAAGACGUUGUGGCGAUACUUAAACCACUCGUGCAAAGGCGUUGAUGUCGACGCCAUUAUUAACUCAAUAGAGGAUAUGAUAAUUAAGACAGUAAUCAGUUGCGAGCCUUUUGUGGCCAAAUUAGUUAAGGAGAACGUGAAGAGUCGGUACUCUUGUUUCGAGCUCUUGGGCUUCGAUAUAAUGCUCGACAACACAUACAAGCCGUGGCUCAUCGAAGUCAAUAUAUCUCCCAGUCUUCGCUCGGACUCAUCGCUCGAUAGUGCCGUCAAAAGUCAGUUAAUCAAAGAUAUGUUUAAUCUAAUCGGACAUCAAAUUCCUCCCAAUUUUAAACGUUUGGAAACUUUUGCUGAAUUUAUUUGUUUUAAUCGUCACUAUUAUUCGGCACUUCUUAGUGACGAGGAGACCAUUAAAGUAAAUCUCUAA